AUGGUUCCGCCUCCUCCUGGAUUCGACGUUGCGCUGGGCACCUUCAUGGAGAAGAUGCCGUACAGCGUGCUGAGCCGCAUCCUGCUCGACGGCGCCAAGAUGUCCCUCAUUCAUCGGUUGCUCGACUCGGCGCUCAAGGAGCACGACCCCGUCACCGCCGCCGAGGUCGCUCUCAAGCGCUUCUAUGAUGCCCACCCCGAGUUGCUUUAG